AAGCAUUAGUUAAAUUAGUGAUUUCUUGGCGUAAAUUGGUGAUAGUUUGCUUUAAUCCUAAUUUGCAAUACUUUGAUAUCUAUGAUUGUUCAGAACUUACCAAAAUUAAAUUUGGCCCAAAAAUGCCCUUAAACACUAAAAUCCAAAGAAAGAAACAAGAGCUUCAAACGCAAUUAACCGGAGGAAAAAAAUCUACUAAAUCUUUAAGGAAAGAAAUCGAACUCCUAGAAAAAAUCCAAUCCUUAGCAACUAAACUUGCUGAACACCAGCAAAAAGAAGCCAACUAUCAAACUCAAAUCCGGCAAAAAGAAAAACAAAUUCAAACCAAACAAACUGAAAUCACCCAAUUAACCCAAGCCAAGAACCAAGCUGAAACCAACCUUAACCAGACCAUUACCAACUUAAAAAAGCAUAUUGAUGAUUUAUUAAAAAUCAAUCAAACUGAUAAGGAAAAAUUACAGCAAGACUUAGCCAAUUUAAGCACUCAAAAGCAAACUAGCGAACAAGGAUUAAAGCAAACUAUCACCAAUUUACGCCAAGAAAUCACUAAUUUAACUAAUGCUUCUAAGCAGGAAAAAGAGAAUUUACAGAAGCAGCAAAUCACUCAACUUAAUGAGCAAAAAGAUACUUUUCAAAAAUCAGCUGAUUACUUACGAGAAACUUUAAAACAAACUGAAAAAGUCCGGGACGAAUCCCAAGCAGAAGUAAAAAACUUGCAAGAAAAAGCCUCCCAAGCUACCACCUCCCAUCAAGCUACCCUCCAACAAAAAGCUGAAGAGUUAACCAAAAAACAAGAAGCUUAUUCCCUAAUUCAAGAGCAAGCUGCUUCAGCGGAAGGAAACGCCUUUGAAACUCUCCAAAAAGAAUUAGCCUCUGCCCAAUCUCAAAUUGCUCUUUUACAAGACCAAUUAAUUAAAAUGACUAAAACUCAACUUUUAAUUCUUUUGCUAAUUAUGGCCUUGGUGUUUUAUUGUUUUCAGCCCGAGCCAAAAUCCAGCCCUCUGUCUCCUCCUAAUAAAUUAAUUGCUCCUUCCCGAUCCAGUAGCCUGCCCUUUAACUCGCCUCCUGCUUCAUUUCCUGUCCCCUCGCCUUUGGUUUCUCCCCCUUCCCCCUCGCCACCCCUAACUAAGCCCUUUCUUGAAUCCGACCCUGAUGAACCAUAUCGCCUCUCUACCCUUAAUCUUUUAGCAGCCUGA